GGGCGGGCAGUGUUUCGGGGGGCCCAGAGGGAGAGCUGUCGCUGACUCGCUCGGUGUCUCUGGAGGCUGUUGAGCUCGAGAACCGCGGCGGAGGCGGCUUCUGCCCGGUAGGGAUGGCAGACGCGACGGCCUCCCCGGUGGGGAAGCGACUCCUGCUGUUGCUGGUAGCAGGUCCGGGCGAGGGAGAAGCGGCGGGUUCGGAGCCUGGGCCUGCUCUGCCCUCCCGGGCCUGGCGGAGCGGGACCGUGCGGGCUAUGAGCGGAGCCGUCCCUCAGGAUCUAGCGAUAUUUGUGGAAUUUGAUCGGUGCAGUUGGAAGCAACAUGCUUGGGUAAAAGUGCAUGCAGAAGAAGUUAUAGUUUUGAUGCUGGAAGGUUCCCUUGUUUGGGUUCCUAGAAAUGAACCAGUUUUGUUGCAAGGAACCAGGGUGUCAGUUGAACAUUGGCCUGCAUUGACAUUCACUCCUUUGGUAGAUAAGCUCGGUUUAGGGUCUGUGGUUCCAGUAGAAUCUCUUGUAGACCGAGACUUGAGAUUCCUGUCUGAUGCUAAUGGAUUACAUCUUUUCCAGAUGACAACAGAAAGUCAGAGUCAACUUCUCCAACAGCAGCCUUUAUUAAGAGAAGCUGUCAAUGCAUUGGUUGGUGAUCAGAAGCUUCAAGAGAUCUUUAGCAGAGGACUUUACAGUAUACAGGGUCAAAGAGUUAAGGUGUAUCAGCCUGAAGAGGAAAUCAGCUGGGUCUCUGCAGUUGUGAGUUGUCAAGAUCCUCUUACACGUCUGAUGGAGGUGGUUUUGACUGAGACUGGUGAAAUCAAGUCAGUAGAUCCUCGACUGAUUCAUGUUGUGAUGGAUGCAUCUAUUCAGAAUGAGGGGGGACCCCUAAAGGCAGGUAAAUCCUCCAAAGGGAAAAAAAAGAGAGAGUGUGUGGAUGGGAAAGAUGGACGAAGAAGAAAAAAUGCUUCUGACACUGGUUGUGACCAUGCUUCAAAGAAGCUAAAGGAGAGGGGCGAAGUAGAUACUAAUGGAAAUGAUGGUGGCGAGGCAAAUAAAGGUGCAUGGAAGGGAAGCGGUGACAUGACUCUGGAUCCAAAGACCAAGCAACUUCCCCCAUUUGUUUCUCCAGCUAAUCGAAGUAUUCGCUUUGCCACAUACACGAAGGAGAAUGGACGAACUCUUGUGGUCCAAGAUGAACCAGUAGGUGGUGACACUCACGCAACCUUCACUUCCUUUCCUUCAGCUUCUGCGCAAGCCCUGUUGAGUGGAGCUGGAAGUGAAGAGAUGACAAAAUCCUUAGAACAGAGCAGUCAAGGUCUAGUGGCACCUCCCACAGUAAUCGCUACAACUGGGACAAUGCCAGCUACUGUACAGGUCUCGGAUACUAGCCUGUCGGCAACUUCUGAUCAAGAAAAGCAGAAAACGGGCCAUUCACAGAUCCAGGGAGAGAAUACCCAAAAUUCAGCAUCGGCUUCUGCAGGAUUUGGAAUGACGCAGUCAUCUGCAUCUCAGCCUUUAGUGUUUGAUGAUGGGCAAAGCCAAUCCAAUGGCGUAUUAGCUUCAGAGAAGGCACCUGUUGGAUUUUCCUUUGGUAAUAACACUGGUCAUGAAGUCCAGCAAGACUCGGAUCCAUCAAAGAACUUAUUUUUUCAGUGCAUGUCCCAGAAUCUUCCCUCCAGUAACUACUUCACAACUUUGUCAGAAAAUCUGACCGAAGAAUCCCCAGAUCAGGACUCGUUAAAAAAAAGUUCAGAGAACUCGAGUUUGGGGAUCUGCAAAAGUAAAGGCCUCACUGGAGAAAUUAAUCCUGGAACUCAGUCGGGCACCCCUCCAGAACGGAAGCUACCACUGGAAUCCAUGCCUACUCUUACUCCGGCUUUUCCACGAAGCCUCAUGAGCACACGAACUCCUGAUAAUCAUGAAAAUCUCUUUUUACAACCUCCCAAAUUGUCACGAGAAGAGCCCUCCAACCCCUUUCUGGCAUUUGCAGAAAAAUCAGAACUUAGCCCUUUCAGUAGCUUUUCAUCUUCAGCUCAGCAGUCAGGAGCUUCUACUUCUCCCUCUUCAGGCCUUGGUCCCAAGAUAGCUUCUGGCUGGCCAGAUUUGCACACCUCAACUGACUCUUCAGCUAAAAAGAAAAACUUGUUUAUAAUGACAGAUUCCUCCAAGACACUGCCCAAUGUGCCUAGUGCAACUCUCUUUGCUGGUGUUCAGAGUUCAUCUACUCUGGGGAAUGGCCGUUCUAGUUCGCCAGUUGGCAGUCUGGCACAACCUAUUGAAAUGCCCACACUCUCCUCUAGUCCAACAGAAGAAAAGCCAUCUGUUGGUCCUGGGCAACAGGACAAUCCUUUAAUGAAAACUUUUUCUAAUGUGUUUGGCAGACAUCCAUGUGGCUUUUUCUCUCCACAGGCAGAGCUAGGACUGGAGAACAAACCCCCCUUUGAAUCUGUAAAAAGGUUUUCUCUAGAUGAGCGGAGCCUGCCAUCUAAACAGGAUUCUGAUUCUAGCACCAAUAGUGACCUCUCGGAUAUGAGCGAUUCUGAGGAGCAACUGCAUACCAAAGCUUGUCUGAAGGGAAUCCCAGAGCAUUUGAUUGGCAAACUGGGUCCCAAUGACGAGCGGAAUGCUGAACUACUCAUGGGCAAGGGAAAGGGGAAACAAACCCCUAAGGGCAGGCCUCGCACAGCCCCCCUGAAAGUUGGUCAGUCUGUACUGAAAGACAUGAGUAAGGUGAGGAAGCUGAAGCAAUCAGGGGAGCCCUUCCUCCAGGAUGGCUCCUGCAUCAAUGUGGCUCCACAUCUGCACAAGUGCCGAGAAUGCCGGUUGGAACGCUACCGAAAGUUCAAGGAACAGGAACAGGAUGACUCUACUGUAGCCUGUCGGUUCUUUCACUUCCGCAGACUGAUAUUUACUAGGAAGGGGAUAUUGCGAGUGGAAGGAUUCUUAAAUCCCCAGCAAAGUGAUUCUGAUGCUAUGAGCUUGUGGAUCCCAUCAGCCUCACCUGCAGAAGGGAUCGAUUUGGAGACCUCUAAAUAUAUCCUGGCCAAUGUUGGUGAUCAGUUUUGUCAGCUAGUAAUGUCUGAGAAAGAAGCAAUGAUGAUGGUAGAACCACACCAGAAAGUGGCCUGGAAGAGAGCUGUACGUGGCGUGAGAGAGAUGUGUGAUGUAUGUGAAACAACCUUGUUCAAUAUUCACUGGGUAUGUCGCAAAUGUGGCUUUGGGGUUUGUUUGGACUGUUACCGUCUGAGAAAAAGCCGUCCACGUAGUGAAACAGAGGAGAUGGGUGAUGAAGAAGUUUUCUCAUGGCUGAAGUGUGCAAAAGGGCAGUCACAUGAACCAGAGAAUCUCAUGCCAACACAAAUCAUUCCUGGCACAGCAUUAUAUAAUAUUGGAGACAUGGUUCAUGCAGCACGUGGCAAAUGGGGAAUUAAAGCUAACUGUCCAUGUAUUAAUCGGCAGAACAAAUCUGUGUUGCGACCUGCUGUCACAAAUGGGAUUUCACAGCAGCUGCCCAGCAUGAAUCCCGGUGUAUCAGGUCCUGCAAGUGAAAGCACGUUUUCCCGUGCCUCAGGGACAACUGAGAAUGAGCCAUUGGACACAAAUGCUCCAAAAUCUGAAACUGUAGAAGCCAAAGUAGAGGAGCCUGUUAAAGCAGAGGCUGCAGCUACCAGCAACAGUGGGGAAAUGAAGCCUAACAAAUCACUGUGUCCAGAAGCAAGUCCUUCAUCAGCAUUGCAUUGGCUUGCAGAUUUAGCGACUCAGAAGGCAAAAGAAGAAACAAAAGAAGCAGGUUCUUUGAGAUCAGUACUCAAUAAAGAAUCGCCAUCACCUUUUGGUUUGGAUUCCUUUAACUCCAACACAAAAGCCUCACCUUUAACUCCAAAGCUUUUUAAUAGUCUCUUGCUGGGUCCAGUUGCCUCAAGCAACAAGACAGAAGGUUCCAGUCUUCGUGAUUUGCUUAACUCUGGGCCUGGAAAGCUGCCUCAGACCUCGCUUGAUGCAGGGAUUCCUUUCCCUCCUGUUUUUUCUGGAGCUUCCACAGGGGCCAAGAGUAAAGCCAGUUUGCCAAACUUCCUUGAUCAUAUAAUUGCAUCAGUAGUGGAAAAUAAGAAAAUGACUGAUUCUGCCAAGCGAGCAAGUAGUGUAGCUGAUACACCUAAAGAAGUAAAAGAAAUGGUAAUGGGUUUAAAUGUGCUGGAUCCACACACUUCUCAUUCUUGGCUUUGUGAUGGAAGACUUUUAUGUCUUCAUGAUCCCAGCAACAAGAACAACUGGAAGAUCUUCAGAGAAUGUUGGAAACAAGGACAGCCUGUUCUAGUUUCUGGUGUUCAUAAGAAACUGAAGCCUGAACUUUGGAAACCAGAUGCAUUUAGCCAAGAAUUUGGAGAUCAGGAUGUAGAUCUGGUCAAUUGUAGAAAUUGUGCCAUAAUCUCAGAUGUUAAAGUGCGUGACUUCUGGGAUGGCUUUGAAAUCAUUUCUAAACGACUAAGGGCAGACGAUGGACACCCUAUGGUACUGAAGUUAAAAGAUUGGCCUCCAGGAGAGGAUUUUAGGGAUAUGAUGCCUACAAGGUUUGAAGAUUUAAUGGAGAAUCUUCCUCUUCCAGAAUAUACUAAAAGAGAUGGAAGACUGAAUCUGGCAUCUAGGUUGCCAAGUUACUUCGUGCGGCCUGAUCUAGGCCCCAAAAUGUACAAUGCAUAUGGACUAAUAACGGCAGAAGACCGAAGAGUUGGUACAACUAAUUUACAUUUAGAUGUAUCAGAUGCAGUUAAUGUUAUGGUGUAUGUUGGAAUUCCUAUUGGGGAUGGUUCCCAUGAUGAUGAGGUGUUGAAAACAAUAGAUGAAGGAGAUGCCGACGAUGUUACAAAACAGCGAAUCCAUGAAGCAAAGGAGAAGCCAGGGGCACUGUGGCACAUAUAUGCGGCUAAGGAUGCUGAAAAAAUCAGGGAGCUUCUUCGGAAGGUUGGUGAAGAACAGGGGCAAGAAAAUCCUCCUGAUCAUGAUCCAAUCCAUGACCAAAGCUGGUAUCUGGACCAGGUCCUUCGUAAGCGUCUGUACGAGGAAUAUGGAGUGCAAGGUUGGGCAAUCGUGCAGUUCCUGGGAGAUGCUGUAUUUAUUCCUGCAGGGGCUCCACAUCAGGUUCAUAAUUUGUAUAGCUGCAUUAAAGUAGCAGAAGAUUUUGUAUCUCCAGAACAUGUGAAACACUGCUUCCGUCUGACUCAAGAAUUCAGGCACCUAUCUAAUACUCACACAAACCAUGAGGAUAAGCUGCAGGUGAAGAACAUUAUCUACCAUGCAGUCAAAGAUGCUGUUGGCACACUGAAAGCUCAUGAAUCCAAACUGGCUAGAUCUUAGGAAUGGAUGAUUCUGACCCCCUCCCUCCCCCGGAGUUGUUUUUUGUUUUUUUUUGCUCACAGUAUAGAAAGGGGAUGCACGUGGCUGCCUCUGAAGGACUCUGAAACCUCUCACUAAGAGAUGCCAUGGCAUUCAUUACACUCUCCAGCCACUGCCUAUAUGCUGCCUCAGUCUUGAAUAUCUAAUAGAUGGUCACAAUAAUAUACAGAAUUCCUGACGAAUGAAGGGUGCCGAGUCCCUUUCUGGUGGCCUUUUGCAAAUUGAAAUUGUACGGAAACCAGAUGGUGUUCCUGCAUAUGAUGAAUAGAAAAAUGUGUGACUCUUUUUUCGUACCUAAUUAGUCUUUCCAGUCAGUUAGGAAGAAUGAUGCAAGGUUGGACAUUUUAUUGAAGACCUAAAUAGCUAGCUCUGAACGAUUAUACACGCCAGCAUCCUGGCUGCAAGAACAUGAACAUGAGAUCUCCUGUCUCUGACAUAGCUAAGGAAAAAAGAAAUUGUUCUUCAUGCUCCCUUUAAGAGUUCUUUAUACACUGUAGAAAUGCAGAAACACAGAGAGAAACCACUGAUUUUCCCAGAGGGCUCCAGGAUUUUUUUAAAAAAAUGUGUAUUUAGUGAAAAACUAGGUUUGUAGUGAAACAGUAUUUCAUGAAAGUAGAUAUUUUUAGAAUUUGAAAUACCACAACAGUUCCUGGACUACAAGGAAAGGCACAUUGUGUUUAGUCUUCCUUUCAAUAAAACUUUUCCAGAAAUUAUUCUUAGAAAUAAUUCCCAAUAGCACAAUUGGCCUGAGGAGAGCUAAAAAUAAUUUUACUUCCAAUACAAAGAUAUAAAGGGGGGAAAAGAACUUUUAUGUUUUGGAGGUGUUGUACAUCUCUCCCUAAACUGGUAAAUACCAGUUAUCAGUUUUAGAUUGGGACUACUGCUUCCCAGAAAUAAUUUUCAAUAUCAGCUUUGUCCAGAAAUAUUUUCAGUAAAAUGUUCCUGCUUGAUAGAGUUGUAUUCAGAAUUGUCACCAUUGAACUGAUGGAUUCCAUUGUUUUACUGUUCAUUGGGACUGUAUCUACCUUCUAUCCAGCUGUACUGUAGUGCCACCUGCAGGCCUGUUAAUAUGUUCACGGUUAUUUCAUUUUUAAAAAAAUAAAAGUCAUUUACUGUA